CACCACCAGGCCAGUGCACCAACACCUAGUCCACUUCAUUCAGUCCUCCGACCUCCACUUGAGUGCACUGCCGCGCGCCGUUCCCCAGCCAGUCACGCUACCCACCAUGCAUUAGUGACACCAGUGGGCCAGAAAUAACUAGGAUCCGGACUUAUUCUCAGUAGGAUUUUGAGGUGUUAUGGACAGCAGUGUGUGGGAGUGUGGAGUGUGGGAGUGUGAGCAGCUGCUGGUCUGAGCGCAGGGCGUCCACAGUGUCAUGUUUGCCUCUAAGUGUGACCUGAAGACCAAUAUGACGGUGUUGCGGAAGAUGGAAGCGGUGGUGUUGAUGAUCGUGACGCUGAGUUUAGGUGGUGGGGAGCUGGUGGCGGCGUCGACGGUGUUGGAGGUCGGGUCGUGUCCUAACGUCACAUCAGUCCGUAACUUGGACCUGGGCAAGCUGGAGGGGCGGUGGUACCAGAUCCUGCAAAUACCCACCGAGGACAACAGUAUUGCCAAAUGUACUCGCUCCACCUACACUUACACAGAUGGGUAUCUGAAGGUGGUGACGGAAGGGCGCAGUGCUGGAGGCGGGGAGGUGGCCAGGACAGGGGUGCUGGCCAAGCUGCCCCACUCCCCAUCCGGCGCCCUUCAGCUAGACAUGGACGGCAUGCCGCCCCUGGACAUAUGGGUGGUGUACACUGACUACUCUAGCGUUGCCUGCCUGUACUCGUGCGCGGAAUUUCACGGGCUAAAAGCAGAGUGGGCGUGGGCAGUGGCAAGCUCCCCACGCCCGCAAGUCAAGAUGGUGAACCGCUGCCGAGCUAAACUUCGCCUGCACCAAGUGAACACCGCUAAACUGCAGCGUGUGCCCCACAGCGCCCGCUGCCUCAAAGGGGACUAGACGGGUGUCCAGGGAGAGGCGCGCACACCACGAUGAGGUUAUCGCAAUAAUUCUGUAUUCUCAGCAGUGGUCUUUCCAAAAAAUGAAAUUAUUGAAAGCGGAAUGAAUACACAUGAAAACUAAUCCUCAAACUUUCUUUGCGGAGGAUGACGCUCAUAAGGUGAGCCUGUGGUCAGAACAAACGGAACUCUAGGUCGUUACGCAGCCUCUACCGGAUUGUUCCUGUGGGCACAUGAGUUGUUGUUCCUCCAAGUGUCGUGCUGUAAUGUAGCGAUUUACCUCAACCUGUCAUUCAUAACGCAAUGCUCUUGACAAAGUAUUCAUGGUUUCACCAGGCAUUUCUUUGGCAACUCAUCAUGCUCCGCAGCACACUUUUUAGUUUGACUUUUGUAAUACUUGAUAUUUCUUCAUUACACUCUCCAGCCUUGUUCUGACACAACUACAUCGAUUUGGUCGCCAUUCAGACGGGCGCUGCCAGUGCUCAUGACAUGGAUCUUGUCACACACUUGUGUGUGCAGGCACGUAACAUGUAGACGGCACCUUUGUAUCUACGCUACUACUUGUAUAAACUAUUAAAAUGACUUUUUGUAAACA